AUGGCUACAGAGGAGUCAGGAGAUGACAAAGCAGAGUCGGCACUCCCCUCAUCAGCCAAUCGGAGCAAACAAAUACCUGAAAAACCUAACUAUGCUCUCAAAUUUACUCUCGUGGGACAUACGGAAGCAGUAUCGUCAGUUAAAUUUAGUCCUAAUGGAGAAUGGCUAGCAAGUUCUUCUGCUGAUAAAGUUAUUAUAAUUUGGGGAGCCUACGAUGGAAAAUAUGAGAAAACUCUUAAAGGUCACACUCUGGAAAUAUCAGAUGUUGCCUGGUCAUCAGAUUCCAGUCGUCUUGUUUCUGCCUCAGAUGAUAAAACUCUAAAAAUCUGGGAUGUGAGAUCUGGAAAAUGUUUGAAAACAUUGAAAGGACACAGUAAUUAUGUUUUUUGCUGUAAUUUCAACCCACCAUCCAACCUCAUCAUUUCAGGAUCUUUUGAUGAGAGCGUGAAAAUAUGGGAGGUGAAAACAGGAAAGUGCCUUAAAACUUUGUCUGCUCAUUCUGACCCAGUUUCUGCUGUUCAUUUUAAUUGUAGUGGGUCCUUGAUAGUGUCAGGUAGCUAUGAUGGUGUCUGUCGAAUCUGGGAUGCUGCAUCAGGUCAGUGUUUAAAAACACUUGUUGAUGAUGAUAACCCUCCUGUUUCUUUUGUAAAAUUUUCUCCCAAUGGUAAAUACAUUCUUAUUGCAACUUUGGACAAUACUCUUAAACUAUGGGAUUAUAGCAGAGGCAGAUGCCUGAAGACAUACACUGGUCAUAAGAAUGAGAAAUACUGCAUAUUUGCCAAUUUUUCAGUUACUGGUGGAAAGUGGAUUGUGUCUGGUUCAGAGGAUAACCUGGUUUACAUUUGGAACCUUCAGACUAAAGAGAUUGUACAGAAAUUACAAGGUCAUACAGAUGUCGUAAUCUCAGCAGCUUGCCAUCCUACAGAAAACAUCAUUGCAUCAGCAGCAUUAGGAAAUGACAAAACAGUUAAACUGUGGAUGAGUAACAACUAAACCCUUGAGAAAUCAAGUAGUAGAACCAAACUGGCAAAAAAAAAUUUUUUUUAAGGUUAGGUAUUUUAAAAAGAUGGUCUCUCUCAAUUUUGUCAUGGUUUUGCAUUUUUUUUUAACAUUGUCUUCGAUUAUAAGAUUUUAAAACCUGUAACCUGAGUUUACAAGGCAAGACAUUGGAAAAGCAAGUCUAGAUCCCAGGGCUACUGACUUUUAAUCUUGAAAUCUGUUACUACUUUCUUGUGGCUGUCAUUGAACAGAUUCCCAUUCUAUUCCUCUCAAUGACUAUUCUAGAGGAUCAGUGUAUUUGAUAAAUAUUUAGAAGUAAGGCUCACAAGACAGGGUGAGUGAUUAAAUGAGGGGAGCAAGGGAGUUUGGAAUAACUAAGGUUUUUGGUUUGGGAGAUCAGAUGAGUAAGAGAAUAAGUCUGGGAUGGUGGUGAUUGGAGAUUUAAGUGACAGCCUACAUGAUAGGACGUGAGACUGGAUGUGGAAUCAAGCCUGCAAUGGGAAAAAUAAGUCAUGGUUGUGUUUGUUCUGGCAUCUAAAAAUUUUAAGUUUUUAUCAACAUAAAAAGUAAAAAUAAACCAGAACAAAAUUAAAAAUGACAUUUUACUGAAAGGACUCUCACAAACUUGUCAGACUGCCCUCUUCUGAUUCUCGGGGCAAGCUCAAUGUCUGAAUGGUGAGGCUGUGCUCUUUCAUUAUGUCUGACCCACUCUUCAGACCCAGUUCAGAAAGCACCACUUUGUGGAGUCAUACUGCCUGCCUGACUCUAACCAGAGCUGACAGCUGAAUAAGCUUUUCUUGCUUCUUUCUAUAGCUUCUGUUAUAAAGUUCAAAACAUGUAAUUUACCAGUUUGUAUUGUAAUGGUUUCAGCAAAUUAUGAGCUCUGUGGAGUCAAGUAUGUUUUAUUCAUCUUUGUAUUCUGUUUUUGUAUAUAGAAGGGACUCAAGUCAUGUUUGACAAUUAAACCACCAUCCCAACUUCCACUCUUUGCCUGCUUUCAAUAAACUUUUGGAAUCAA